AGAGAGAGAGAGAGAGAGAGACAGAGAGGUGAGAAAGCAAAGUGUUCCAGGUCAUUUCCUGGUACACUGCUAAACUCAUUUGACAAAGCGGAGAAUUUCAGGGUCUGAAUCAAGACACGGAAAGAAAAAAAAGAAGGAGAAUGAAGAAGACGUUUGUCUGUGAUGAAUCAAUGAUCAUCACGAUUCCCAUUGGGAGUCUAAAGGACGCUCGGGGAGGUCAGCUGAUGCCAGAGAAGUUUCAGUGUGUGUACAAAGAUUCCUACAAAAUCUUUGUUAUUAAUGGAAAACCUAAACCCCUCGGGGCAGCCCAAGCCAUCGCCGGCGUGUUCAUUCUCACUCUGGGCCUGAUUUUUAUUCAGACAACAACCAUCGGAGUCCUCACUCUGCCCAGUGUUCUGUUUGUGGUCUCUGGUAUGCUGUCCUAUGCUGCUGGCCAAUCUCCAAACAUUCAUGUGACAAAGCUGUCAUUCUCUCUGAACAUCCUCAGUUUCCUCUGGUCGGUUGUGGCAGUUGCCCUGGGUACCUUUACUUUUACAAAUGGCUCAUCUAAUCUCAAGCUCCAUGACGGGAUCAAUGGACUGAUUAUUUCACUGCUGAUUGUUGAAAACUUAAUUGCCCUGUUCUUGAUGUACUGGUUGAGUAAAGCUGUAUGCAGAGAAAAUUUCAACAGUUUGCCCAUCAUACUACUGAAACAGGGAGACUGAAUU